AUGUCCCCAUAUCAGCUAGUUUUUGGUAAAUCAUGCCAUUUAUCUGUUGAGCUAGAACACAAAGCCUUAUGGGCAUUGAAAGCUCUGAAUUUAGAUUGGACAAAGGCUUCAAGGGAGAGGUUGGACCAAUUGAAUGAAUUAGAUGAGUUCAGGCUCAAAUCUUACGACAGUUCAGCCAUUUACAAAGAGAAAAUGAAGAAAUGGCACGACACACAGAUAGUCCAGAGGGAAUUCAAUGUUGGAGAUUGGGUGCUAUUGUACAACUCACGACUAAGGCUAUUCCCAGGAAAGCUAAAAUCCAAAUGUAUGGGCCUUUCAGAGUGA